AUGGCAGGCCGUUUCCGUGGUGCAGUUGGUAAGGUGUCUAAGCCCAAAAAAAAUAGGGCCUCCAAAAAAGCGAAAGGCAAGCGCACGGUUGCUUUGGUGAAGCGGGCACCCAAACUUUCAGAGGAAGCGUUGGUGCAACGCGUAGCUGAGUUGACUGGUGCGGCAUCAUCCUCUUUGACAGCCGCUGACCAGGGCACAGUGGCAGCGAAUUUGAAGCCAAACAAACCGAAAGCACCCUCUUGUUCGCCAUCGCUUCGUGCUCAGACACUGAAGAAACCAAUUGGCAAAGGUGCCAUUGAGAUUGUAGGGAAGACGACUGAGAAAGUUGUACCAACGACGGAGGUAUCGGGGGGACGGACUUCUACGGAGGCGAUGGGGCUUAAAUUACUUCGUCGAGCUGUAAAAAACCAGAACCACAAUCGUUUGCUGCCGCAUCAGAGCGCACAUGAUUACGAAUACCGCCUGCGCUCGGUUGCCACGGCCGGUGUUGUUUGUCUGUUUAAUUCCCUUUCGCAGUCGCGCAAGGCAGGGAAGGAUGUGGAGGAGGGGGAGCGUCACACGACGGCCGAAAAGGCGCAAGAAAAGAAGCAAAUGGCGAGCAAAGAAGCCUUUUUAGCAGCCCUCCGCCAACCAAAGAAAGUGGAUAGGUACUGGUAG